UCAUUUAUUUAAAGGCAGUCUUGCCCUCACUAACAUGGCGGACGCGUUGACGUAUCGCGGCAACGGCUUAAAGCAGCCAAUGAGGCGUCUAGGUAUUUAUAUGUCUAUGAUCCAAAUUACAUUAUUAAAUUAUUAAAUCAGUGAUGUUCAUUCUCCUGUCUUCUUUAUCAGAAGUGGGGAAUAUUCGGUUUUUUUAUUCAGUGUCCUUCCAUGUGUUUUAAAAGGUUUUGUUCACCCAAAAAUAGUUUUAAAACACAAGCUUAUGUUCAUUAUUGGGUGAACUAACCCUUUUAACUCAAGGUCACCGUUGCGUCACACCGAUGACGUCACGACGUUUUUUUUUUUUUUUUACCUUUGCUUAAACAGCAGAAAAAAAUCGGACGGCGCCGUAACCGAUAUCACGCGCCAGCAGGCGGCGACCGAAACACCGACUUUUUCCCGUAGUGUCCUGCUUUUUCAUCCCUCAUUUCCUCCAAACGCACACGAACGCGAGCACCACCGGCGAUUUUAACUAUUAUCACACCGUCACCGUAGGAGGAACAUCACAUGAAGCCAUAAUAACCGGAGAAACGGGACAAAACUGCAGGAUCCGAGAUCUGCCAGAGGACGGUGAAUGGACUGAGAUCACGAAACCAGAAAAUCUGCAAAGACGUGCACUCUGACGCCUUACACACACACACACACACACACACACACACACACACACACACACACUGAAGACGCACAGGGAGCCAGAUAAAUGGCUGACAAACAGAUCAGUUUGCCUGGCAAGCUAAUAAACGGCGGUCUGGCGGGACUGAUCGGCGUUACCUGCGUGUUUCCCAUCGAUCUGGCCAAAACCCGUCUCCAGAACCAGCAGAAUGGGUCGCGCCUCUACACCAGCAUGUCCGACUGCCUCGUCAAGACCAUCCGGUCAGAAGGAUACUUUGGCAUGUACAGAGGUGCGGCGGUCAACUUAACUUCUCGUCACGCCAGAGAAAGCCAUCAAGCUUGCAGCAAAUGAUUUCUUCAGAUUACC